GUAUUUAUCAUGGACUGUGGUCGGGUUUAGUCUAUCUUGAAACAAUGAAGAGUUUACUGUACUACGGUUUGAUAUCUGCAGUGAAUUAUGGGAUAUUGUAUAUUGAGCGUCUCUAAAAACUCAUCAGACCUGACAUUAUCUUGAAAUUACUAUCCUGUUACAAUAUGGUUUAGUCCUGGCUUCAGCAGCUACUUGGCAUACGUCAAUGGCUUGAAUUAGUUGGUCCUAUGAAUGAAUGAUUUUUGAAUGAUCUAUCUCUUACAUGACAAUUUCUAAUCUUAAAUAAAUUAACAUCUUUCGCUAUUGCUGCCUACGAAUAUUGUGUGCAUACCCUUUCUUUGUAGUUGUCUUUCAUGAAAUUGAUAUGAGUCCUAUCCGUAUUUGUUCAUGGAAUAUCAAUGGCUUGCGUUCCAUUCAACAACCGUUGAAAUGUGUCUUGGACUCACUUUCAGCUGAUAUAAUUUGUCUUCAAGAGACCAAAUCUACACGUAAGAUUAUUUUAUUUGCUGUCUUCAACAAUUAAGCGGAUAUAAGCAGUGAAUUCGUAUUCUCAGAUAAUUAUAAUGCUUACUUCAGCCAUAGUUUACACAAACCAGGAUACUCAGGUAUGUUCUAUUUUCAUACGUUGGUAUGGCAGGUGUUGCAAUAUUUUGUCGUAAUCCUGUCAAACCAGUCAAAACUUAUCACAGCUUAAAUGAAAUGAUUAUUGAACUAACUUCUCCAGGCUCCGAUGGUUGUGAGUUAACAAACGGAUGGGAUUUUCUUAUGAGAGAACUGAAUAUCUCUCAUACCGAAGCUCGUAACUUGGAUGCUGAGGGUCGAAUAUUGGCUCUGCAGUUUCCAGCUGAUAUUUUUGAUGUUGUAGGGAGCGUUUCCAAGAAAUGUUUGCCACUAGUUGUAAUGUCUAUAUAUUUUCCCAGACUCAAUUCGGAAGAUGUGAAACGUUUGAGCUUCAAACAUAAUUUCCAGCAUGCUGUACAACUAUGUACUGAAUUGUUUUUGUUAGAAAAUUUCGUGGUUAUGGCUGGUGACUUUAAUAUUUGUCACAAGAUGAUCGAUCAUUGUGCACCCGAUGAAUUUGAAGCAGAGAAGAUUUCAAAUCCAUUUCGUCAAUGGUUUGAUCAACUGUUAGUGGAACAACAACGAGAUCAAAGUCUUAACACCGAAGAGUACUCACAGUCGAGGAGAUUUGUAGAUAUUUUCAGGUUAUUACAUCCGAACCAGAAAAAUGCGUUUACCUGCUGGUCAUCGCGUACAAAUGCUCGUCAAACCAAUUAUGGAGUUCGACUAGAUUAUAUUCUUGUAGACUCUCAACUUGCAAAUUUAUAUGCAUUACCGAAUCAUGAAAUAAAAGCAGAUUUAAUGCCAGAUAUUUGCGGUUCUGACCACUGUCCAAUAUAUGCAGAUUUACCGUAUUCAUACAACUCAAACGCAAAGUUAUCUUAUUCAUUUCCUCCAAAAUGUUCCCACUACUGGCCACAGUGUCAAACGAAACAAACGCAGAUAAAAAAUUAUUUAGUUUCUAAGAUCUCCAACGCGGAGAAUGAAAAGAUUCCUCCUAUAUUGAAUACUUCUAUUUCUUGUUUGGAAAGAUCAGGAGCUAGACGUAAAACAUCUACUCUAAAACAAGCAAAAAUCACUUCUGUCGGACCUUUUAAAGCACUGAAGUUGAGUGAAUCCUCAGGUAGCGAGGUACAACCAUCAAGUGCAAAGGAAAUGAUAACUCCCAGGAUAAAGGACUACGAUCCAAUUAGAGCAGUUCAAUCAAGUGAAGCUUGGCGGAACUUGUUGUCAGGACCUAAGAAACCUCCUUUAUGCCUUGUUCACAAAGAACCUUGUAUUAUGAGAACCGUGAAACAAAUGCAAACUAGCAAAGGGAAUCGAUUUGGAAAGAGGUUUUGGGUGUGUGCACGACCUCAGGGUGCUCCGGACAAUCCAGCGGCACGGUGUAACACAUUUUUUUGGGAUGAUCAAGUGCCUAACAACACUAAAAAGUGA